GGUCCGUGGGGCGGGGUGAGAGAUGCCGGGAUCUCGCGAGAGCUCCCGGGGGCCGCUGGGCAGCGUCUUCGCUGUUGCCCUUAGGGACGGUUGUGGGCCUGCUGGGGGUGGGGGCCCGGAGCGCUAGAGAUGGAUGCUCAGCGAGGGAUGCCCAGCUCCGCCGGGAGGGUCCUGGAAGAGGCGUUGGGCAUGGGUUUGACGGCAGCCAGGGACGCGAGGGACACGGCGGACGCGGUGGCGGCUGAGGGCGCCUACUACCUGGAGCAGGUCACCAUAACUGAAGCAUCUGAAGAUGACUAUGAAUAUGAAGAGAUACCAGAUGACAAUUUUAGCAUCCCAGAAGGUGAAGAAGAUCUGGCAAAAGCAAUUCAGAUGGCCCAAGAACAGGCUACAGAUACUGAAAUUUUGGAACGGAAAACAGUUCUUCCUUCAAAGCAUGCAGUACCUGAAGUAAUAGAAGACUUUCUCUGCAAUUUCUUGAUCAAAAUGGGAAUGACCAGAACUCUUGAUUGCUUUCAGUCUGAAUGGUAUGAGUUAAUACAGAAAGGAGUGACUGAACUUAGAACUAUUGGGAAUGUUCCAGAUGUCUACACCCAGAUUAUGCUUUUGGAAAAUGAGAACAAAAAUUUAAAGAAAGAUUUGAAGCACUACAAACAAGCAGCUGACAAAGCUAGAGAAGAUCUGCUGAAAAUUCAGAAAGAACGUGAUUUUCAUCGAAUGCAUCACAAGCGAAUAGUCCAGGAAAAAAACAAAUUAAUUAAUGACCUCAAAGGGUUGAAGUUACAUUAUGCGUCUUAUGAACCGACUAUAAGGGUGUUACAUGAGAAACACCACACUUUACUGAAGGAGAAAAUGCUGACCUCCUUGGAAAGAGACAAAGUAGUUGGGCAGAUUUCUGGACUUCAAGAAAUAUUGAAGAAGCUGCAAAUACGACAUAGUUACCAUGCUCCUCAAAUUAAAGUUGAUCGUAGUCGUGAAAAAGAAAAUGCACCAGAAGGUCCUACUCAGAAAGGUCUUCGUGAAGCCAGGGAACAAAACAAAUGUAAAACAAAGAUGAAAGGCAGUACAAAGGAUUCAGAAUUUCCCAUAGAUAUGCAACCAAAUCCAAACCUGAAUGUUUCUAAAGAAAAUCUUUCUCCAGCAAAAUUUGACUACAAGCUGAAAAACAUUUUUAGACUCCAUGAACUUCCAGUGAGCUGUGUCUCCAUGCACCCCCACAAAGACAUCCUAGUCUCCUGUGGCGAGGACCGACUCUGGAAGGUGUUGGGCCUUCCAAAAUGCAAUGUGCUUCUCACGGGAUUUGGCCACACUGACUGGCUUUCAGACUGCUGCUUCCAUCCCAGUGGCAACAAAUUGGCUACUUCAAGUGGUGACACUACAGUUAAAUUAUGGGAUCUAUGUAAAGGCGAUUGCAUUUUGACCUUUGAAGGACACAGCCACUCAGUAUGGUCCUGCACAUGGCACUCGUGCGGCAAUUUCGUGGCUUCCUCCUCACUGGAUAAAACUAGCAAAAUCUGGGAUGUUAAUAGUGAAAGAUGCAGAUGUACUUUGUAUGGACAUACAGAUUCUGUGAACAGCAUUGAGUUUUUUCCUUUCUCCAAUAUUCUUCUCACAAGUUCUGCAGACAAGACCCUGUCUAUAUGGGAUGCAAGAACAGGUAUAUGUGAGCAGUCACUUUAUGGUCACAUGCAUUCUAUCAAUGAUGCCAUUUUUGAUCCCAGGGGUCACAUGAUAGCAUCCUGUGAUGCCUGUGGGGUUACAAAGCUAUGGGACUUUCGGAAGCUGUUACCAAUUGUGUCCAUCGAUAUAGGUCCAAGUCCUGGCAAUGAGGUGAAUUUUGAUUCAUCAGGUCAGUGUGAUUUUAAGGCCCUUGGUACAUCAAACCUAUUUUUUUCUCUCCAUGACUGAAAUAUACUUGGUGAUACACUAACAUUAAGAAAAGCAUAAGAAUCAGCAGUAGAACAGCGAGAAACAUCAAAGACAACACGUAUGAACGAGGGACUCUAAUGAAAACACUUUAUCUGUCUGAAGGAAUAUGAUUUCAACCUGACCUUCCCAUCCCUUUGACCAUUUCUUUAAGGAACAUACCGUAAUUAAUUUUAGUUCCAUGUGUGUGAGAAAUUACUGUCAUAAGGAUUUUCUCAUUGAAUAAUGAGAAAUCUGUGCUUCUGUACAAGAUAAGUCCUCAAUGACUUUUCAUUUAAAAGGUUGAAAUAUAUCAAAAGUUGAAGAAACCGGGGAAAACAAACAUAAAAUCUAAUGAGAGAAUGCAGAAAGAGGUGAAAAUCACAAAGUUAAGUGCUAGAAAUUAUGUCCAUCUCAAGAGAGUAAAGAAGAGUGCAAAUUAAGAACCAAACAAAAUUGAAAUAAAGGAUGGGGCACAUAGGUCUCUUCUAAUUGCAUUUAUUCAGGAAAAAAAUGAUUUAAAGAGAAGUAUAACAAAAUUGUAUCAUGAAAAUACAAUCAAAUCUAAUCUAAUUUAGUAAUCUCAAAAUACACAUUCAUUUGAAUAUAUCUUUAUUUAUUCCCAGUGGCAAGCCAAUACAAGCCUAUAUGAUGUAACCAUUUUCAAAAAAAGCAAGAAUAUAAUUGACGCUAUUGGCAAUAAUGAAUAUGUAUUGAGGGCUCACAUUAGUUAUGUCUAACCAUUUUUUCUAGUCAAAACUCUGUGACAGAACUAAAUUGUGCAGUUAUAUACACCUAGCGUGUUAUUUGUCACAACUUAUAUAAUGUGAGGCCAGGCAAUGGUCUGCUGUCUCUGCUGUGCUCUUGGACUAUUGAAAACACACAUGUAAUGUCAUCAUAGUGUUAUGUAACACAUGUGGAAUUAUAAAUAGCAUCCUGUCUGAGCUAUUUCAUAUAAGGAAUGUGAGUGGUUAUUAUAUACUUUAAGUGGCCAUUAUACAAACAAAAGUUGAUGAUAAUAUUUAAUGUCUCUGGAUCAGUUUAAUUUAAGGGUGUCUCAAGGUUAUGAGGUGUACUGUUUAAAAAGAGUUAUUUUCUUAUGAAAUGACAGAUCUUUAUAAAUAAGCGAUUUCUUAUCACUGCAAAUCCAACACAGUAAAGAAAUAAAUUGGAAGUAGAGGUC